ACCUAAAAAUAGCUGUGCAGCGAUGCUCCCCAUCCAACAUGACAGAGCUUGAGAGGAUCUGCAGAGAAGAAUAGGAGAACAACCCAAAUACAGGUGUGCCAAGCUGUAACAGAGGAUGGCGUAGUAUCACUCUAUAACAAUGUGGUUAGCAUAGUGUAACCCUGUAACAGUGUGCUUUGCAUAGUGUAACCCUGUAACAGAGUGGUUAACGUAGUGUAACCCUGUAACAAUGUGGUUAGCAUAGUGUAACCCUGUAACAGUGUGAAUGGCGUAGUGUAACCCUGUAACAGAGUGGUUAACAUAGUGUAACCCUGUAACAGUGUGGUUAACAUAGUGUAACCCUGUAACAGAGUGGUUAACAUAGUGUAACCCUGUAACAGUGUGGUUAACAUAGUGUAACCCUGUAACAGUGUGGUUAACAUAGUGUAACCCUGUAACAGUGAGGUUAACAUAGUGUAACUGUAACAGUGAGGUUAACAUAGUGUAACCCUGUAACAGUGUGGUUAAUAUAGUGUAACCCUGUAACAGUGAGGUUAACAUAGUGUAACCCUGUAAGAGUUAGGUUAACAUAGGGUAACUGUAACAGUGAGGUUAACAUAGUGUAACCCUGUAACGGUGUGAAUGGCGUAGUGUAACCCUGUAACAGUGUGGUUAACAUAGUGUAACUCUGUAACAGUGUGGUUAACAUAGUGUAACCCUGUAACAGUGAGGUUAACAUAGUGUAACCCUGUAAGAGUUAGGUUAACAUAGGGUAACUGUAACAGUGAGGUUAACAUAGUGUAACCCUGUAACGGUGUGAAUGGCGUAGUGUAACCCUGUAACAGUGUGGUUAACAUAGUGUAACUCUGUAACAGUGUGGUUAACAUAGUGUAACCCUGUAACAGUGAGGUUAGCAUAGUGUAACUCUGUAACAGUGAGGUUAGCAUAGUGUAACAGUGUGGAUGGCGUAGUGUAACUCUAUAACAAUGUGAUUAACAUAGUGUAACCCUGUAACAGUGUGGUUAACAUAGCGUAACUCUGUAACAGUGUGGUUAACAUAGUGUAACCCUGUAACAUUGUGAAUGGCGUAGUGUAACCCUGUAACAGUGAGGUUAACAUAGUGUAACUCUGUAACAGUGUGGUUAACAUAGUGUAACCCUGUAACAUUGUGAAUGGCGUAGUGUAACCCUGUAACAGUGAGGUUAACAUAGUGUAACAGUGUGGAUGGCGUAGUGUAACCCUGUAACAGUGUGGUUAACAUAGUGUAACCCUGUAACAGUGUGAUUAACAUAGUGUAACCCUGUAACAGUGUGAUUAACAUAGUGUAACCCUGUAACAGUGUGAUUAACAUAGUGUAACCCUGUAACAUUGUGAAUGGCGUAGUGUAACCCUGUAACAGUGUGAUUAACAUAGUGUAACCCUGUAACAGUGUGGUUAACAUAGUGUAACCCUGUAACAGUGUGAUUAACAUAGUGUAACCCUGUAACAUUGUGAAUGGCGUAGUGUAACCCUGUAACAGUGAGGUUAACAUAGUGUAACUCUGUAACAGUGAGGUUAACAUAGUGUAACCCUGUAACAGUGAGGUUAACAUAGUGUAACCCUGUAACAGUGAGGUUAACAUAGUGUAACUGUAACAGUGAGGUUAACAUAGUGUAACCCUGUAACAGUGUGGUUAAUAUAGUGUAACCCUGUAACAGUGAGGUUAACAUAGUGUAACCCUGUAAGAGUUAGGUUAACAUAGGGUAACUGUAACAGUGAGGUUAACAUAGUGUAACCCUGUAACGGUGUGAAUGGCAUAGUGUAACCCUGUAACAGUGAGGUUAACAUAGUGUAACUCUGUAACAGUGUGGUUAACAUAGUGUAACCCUGUAACAGUGAGGUUAGCAUAGUGUAACCCUGUAACAGUGAGGUUAGCAUAGUGUAACUCUGUAACAGUGUGGUUAACAUAGUGUAACCCUGUAACAGUGAGGUUAGCAUAGUGUAACUCUGUAACAGUGUGGUUAACAUAGUGUAACCCUGUAACAGUGAGGUUAGCAUAGUGUAACAGUGUGGUUAGCAUAGUGUAACUCUAUAACAAUGUGGUUAACAUAGUGUAACUCUAUAACAAUGUGGUUAACAUAGUGUAACCCUGUAACAGUGAGGUUAGCAUAGUGUAACAGUGUGGAUGGCGUAGUGUAACUCUAUAACAAUGUGGUUAACAUAGUGUAAAGCUGUAACAGUGAGGUUAGCAUAGUGUAAUCCUGUAACAGUGAGGUUAGCAUAGUGUUACAGUGUGGUUAGCAUAGUGUAACUCUAUAACAAUGUGGUUAACAUAGUGUAACCCUGUAACAGUGAGGUUAGCAUAGUUUAACCCUGUAACAGUGAGGUUAGCAUAGUGUAACAGUGUGGAUGGCGUAGUGUAACUCUAUAACAAUGUGGUUAGCACAGUGUAACCCUGUAACAGUGUGGUUAGCGUAGUGUAACCCUGUAACAGUGUGGAUGGCGUAGUGUAACCCUGUAACAGUGUGGAUGGCGUAGUGUAACCCUGUAACAGUGUGGAUGGCGUAGUGUAACCCUGUAACAGUGUGGAUGGCGUAGUGUAACCCUGUAACAGUGUGGAUGGCGUAGUGUAACCCUGUAACAGUGUGGUUAACAUAGUGUAACCCUGUAACAGUGUGAAUGGCGUAGUGUAACCCUGUAACAGUGUGGUUAACAUAGUGUAACCCUGUAACAGUGUGAAUGGCGUAGUGUAACCCAGUAACAGUGAGGUGAGAGUAGUCAGGAUUGGGUAGGUUACUUUCUAAAUGUAUUUGUGUUACAGCGGCUAGUUACCUGUCAAAUUGUAAUCAGUAACAACACUUUUGUAUUAGCCAAACUCCAUUACUUUUGGAUUACUUUUUCCUUAAGAGGCGUUAGAAGAAGACCAACUGUGUUUGAUGGAUCAUUUUUGUGUGUCAUCAUAGUGGUCUGACUUGCUCAUGUGGAACAUAGUGGUGUAAUCCUGUAACAGGGUGGUUAGCGUAGUGUAAUCCUGUAACAGGGUGGUUAGCGUAAUGUAAUCCUGUAACAGGGUGGUUAGCGUAAUGUAAUCCUGUAACAGGGUGGUUAGUGUAAUGUAAUCCUGUAACAGGGUGGUUAGUGUAAUGUAAUCCUGUAACAGGGUGGUUAGCAUAGUGUUAUCCUGUAACAGGGUGGUUAGCGUAGUGUAAUCCUGUGACAGGGUGGUUAGCGUAGUGUCGUCCUGUAACAGGGUGGUUAGCGUAGUAUAGUCCUGUAACAGGGUGGUUAGCAUAGUGUAAUCCUGUAACAGGGUGGUUAGCAUAGUGUAGUCCUGUAACAGGGUGGUUAGCGUAAUGUAAUCCUGUAACAGGGUGGUUAGCGUAAUGUAAUCCUGUGACAGGGUGGUUAGCGUAGUGUAGUCCUGUAACAGGGUGGUUAGCGUAGUGUAGUCCUGUAACAGGGUGGUUAGCGUAGUGUAGUCCUGUAACAGGGUGGUUAGCAUAGUGUAAUCCUGUAACAGGGUGGUUAGCGUAGUGUAGUCCUGUAACAGGGUGGUUAGCGUAAUGUAAUCCUGUAACAAGGUGGUUAGCAUAGUGUUAUCCUGUAACAGGGUGGUUAGCGUAGUGUAGUCCUGUAACAGGGUGGUUAGCGUAAUGUAAUCCUGUAACAGGGUGGUUAGCGUAAUAUAAUCCUGUAACAGGGUGGUUAGCGUAAUGUGAUCCUGUAACAGGGUGGUUAGCGUAGUCUAAGUCGGAGGUCAGAGUGUUUCCCCUGCUUCAGCUUUCCUCAGUCACUCCGACGCACGCACGCACGCACGCACAUGCGCAGGCACACAACCACACACACACCUCAGAUCUCAAUGCUACUCUCAGCUCUUGUCAAAGUGUAAACAAGGUUCUGUGUGAACUGUAGACUGAAGACUCUUAAUCAGUGUGUGCGGUUUCAAUGUUUGAACAGGUUAGGUGCUAGAACACCAGGCCUUAACUUGUACACACUACCAAACAAUGCUGUCCAACAGUACAACAGUAUUAAUAUCACUCUUGGAGUGAGCCUGUGCACAAAUGGUUGUGUUUAAUCUGUAAACCAUAGUAACAUAAACCUACUGUUGAGCCCCCUCCAACACACACAGUCCAACUUGGCUAAGACGUAUCAACUGUGUUUCUAACAAGAAAGCUUAGAAGGUGUGCUUGUAGUCGAUGUGAAAUGUAGUUUCAUUCAGAAAUAAAAACUAUUGUGGUAGUUGUCCUGUGAUGACGUGUAGGGCUGGGAGGCUGUUGUGUUGAGGCUGUCUGUGUUGUAUGUUGCAGGGGCUGUAGGGCUGGAAGGCUGUUGUGUUGAGGUGGUCUGUGUUGUGUGUUGCAGCGGCUGUAAGGCUGGGAGGCUGUUGUGUUGAGGCUGUCUGUGUUGUGUGUUGCAGGGGCUGUAGGGCUGGAAGGCUGUUGUGUUGAGGCUGUCUGUGUUGUGUGUUGCAGCGGCUGUAGGGCUGGGAGGCUGUUGUGUUGAGGCUGUCUGUGUUGUAUGUUGCAGGGGCUGUAGGGCUGGAAGGCUGUUGUGUUGAGGCUGUCUGUGUUGUGUGUUGCAGCGGCUGUAGGGCUGGAAGGCUGUUGUGUUGAGGCUGUCUGUGUUGUGUGUUGCAGCGGCUGUAGGGCUGGAAGGCUGUUGUGUUGAGGCUGUCUGUGUUGUGUGUUGCAGCGGCUGUAGGGCUAGGAGGCUGUUGUGUUGAGGCUGUCUGUGUUGUGUGUUGCAGCGGCUGUAGGGCUGGAAGUUUGUUGUUGUCGUUUUCUCCCAGUGAAGGAGGCUGCUGUGCAGUGGGGGCAGGGAAUAUCUUGAUGUUUUUCUUGUUGGUUUAUUUGGAAAAGGCUGCUUAGUCAGCAGGUCAGGUAGAUAUCCCCCCCUAUCUCUGAGAAGGCAGACUCAGCAGACCUCCAGGCUGCCAGUGAGUGGAAAGCAUGCUGGGUAAUCCGGAGUGAGAGGAGAAAUGAAGGCAGGGGAAAAGAACACUACCAUUCCCAGAGAGAGUGCAGUACUGUGAACACACACACAAACACAUAUGCGACACACCUGUCCUGAACAAUGUUCUCCGCCACUGAGCCUUCCAUCCAUACCUUCAUUUGUUUAAGCCAAAUACACACACUCUGUUUACAUAGAGCAGUGCAAUUUCAACACAAGAACUGUAUGUGUCCUGUCCCCACACAGUGGGGUGGGAGUAGUUUAGUAGUAGUAGUUUGGGUCUGUCUCACAGUCUAUGCCGAAGGAGGGAGAGGUAGAGGAUGAAGAGAGAGGGGGAGAGAGGACGACAGAGAGAUGACAGGAAAGUGUGGAGGGGUGGAGAGAGAGGCAGAGAAGAUGGAGAGAGGGAGUGAGAAGAUAUGCAGACAAACAGCAAGAAACUGCAUUUACUGAAAUGUUUAUUGUUUUGCGGACCACAUUUGAUACAAAGCUGCUGAUACUGAUACUUUUUAUUUAUGACUAUUAACAGUUGAUAGUAUACAUUAGAAGAAUCCUAUAUGUUGUCUUUGCAGAGAAACCAUAACUAACAGGUGGAGGUUGUAGUUGUGGUAUUGUAAUGUUUGGGAGACUGUGUGUGUGGGAAGGGUGUAGACUGUCUUCCCUAUCACUCACCAAUGUGUCGGACCACUCACCACCUCUUUGCGGGCCGCCAGCAUCUCGCCUCCAUCCCCUACCUCUGAACCUUGACCCUUAAUUACGCUCCUGUCCGUGUCCAUCUCCCUGCCUCCCUGCCCAUAGCCGUUGCCUGGUGGUGUAUUGGGGAGUUUGUACUAUAGCACAGGAAGCAGUCCAAGGCAGUGGUGAAACGUGCCCGCGCCAAGCCGUCUGAGAGAGAACAAUAUAAAGAGUAAAAAUAACCUGGGCGGCUGGCCUGCCACGAUGCCACAGUGCCAGGUCAGGAACACACACAGGAAAGAGCCCACAGAGACAGAGGAUGGAGGGGAGACUCGUUUGAUCACGUCAUGAUAACAAACUGGGCUACUGUUAUGAUCUGCUCCUGUAUAAUAGGUAGUCAUGGGCUGGAUUAUAGGGAGUCAUGAGCUGGAUUAUAGGCAGUCAUGAGCUGGAUUAUAGGUAGUCAUGAACUGGAUUAUAGGUAUUCAUGGGCUGGAUUAUAGGUACUCAUGUCCUGAAUUAUAGGCAGAUAUUCCUGAAUUAUAGGUAGACAUUUCCUGGAUUAUAGGAAGUCAUGUCCUGGAUUAUAGGUAGUCAUGUCCUGGAUUAUAGGUAGUCAUGGGCUGGAUUAUAGGUAGUCAUGUCCUGGAAUAUAUGUAGUCAUGGGCUGGAUUAUAGGUAGUCAUGGGCUGGAUUAUAGGUAGUCAUGUCCUGGAUUAUAGGUAGUCAUGGGCUGGAUUCUAGGUAGUCAUGUCCUGGAAUAUAGGUAGUCUUGAGCAGGAUUAUAGGUAGUCAUGGGCCAGAUUAUAGGUAGUCAUGGGCUGGAUUAUAGGUAGUCAUGGGCUGGAUUAUAGGUAGUCAUGUCCUGGAAUAUAGGUAGUCUUGGGCUGGAUUAUAGGUAGUCAUGGGCUGGAUUAUAGGUAGUCAUGGGCUGGAUUAUAGGUAGACAUGGGCUGGAUUAUAGGUAGUCAUGGGCUGGAUUCUAGGUAGUCAUGUCCUGAAUUAUAGGUAGACAUUUCCUGAAUUAUAGGAAGUCAUGUCCUGGAUUAUAGGUAGUCAUGUCCUGGAUUAUAUGUAGUCAUGGGCUGGAUUAUAGGUAUUCAUGGGCUGUAUUAUAGGUAGUCAUGGGCUGGAUUAUAGGUAGUCAGCGGCUGGAUUAGUUGUAGUCAUGGGCUGGAUUAUAUGUAGUCAUGGGCUGGAUUAUAUGUAGUCAUGGGCUGGAUUAUAGGCAGUCAUGGGCUGGAUUUUAGGUAGUCAUGGGCUGGAUUCUAGGUAGUCAUGUCCUGAAUUAUAGGUAGACAUUUCCUGAAUUAUAGGAAGUCAUGUCCUGGAUUAUAGGUAGUCAUGUCCUGGAUUAUAGGUAGUCAUGGGCUGGAUUAUAGGUAGUCAUGUCCUGGAAUAUAUGUAGUCAUGGGCUGGAUUAUAGGUAUUCAUGGGCUGGAUUAUAGGUAGUCAUGGGCUGGAUUAUAGGUAGUCAGUGGCUGGAUUAGUUGUAGUCAUGGGCUGGAUUAUAGGUAGUCAUGGGCUGGAUUAUAGGUAGUCAGCGGCUGGAUUAGUUGUAGUCAUGGGCUGGAUUAUAGGUAGUCAUCGGCUGGAUUAUGGAUUUUCCUAGGGUUCAGUGUCUCCUGGUGUUGGAAUUUUGGAUGUCUUUGGACCUUUUCUGCAUGAGUGUGUUAAUAGUUACCGCCUCACUGAUACACCAUCCUCAUGACCUAACCUGACUUUGUGUGUGUGUGCACGUGUGUGUGUGUCUUCCAGAGUGCAGCAGCAGCUCCCAGUCCCAUACUUGGAAACCUUCCCCCAGGAGAGGGAAUGCCAGUGGGACCCGUACCUCCAGGAUUCUUCCAGUCGUUCAUGUCGCCUCGUUACCCUGGUGGGCCCAGACCUCCUCUCAGAAUACCCAAUCAGGCAAUGGGGGUCCCUGGUAACCAGCCUAUGCUGCCCAGCGGAAUGGACCCCACGAGACAACAAGGGCAUCCAAAUAUGGGGGGGCCCAUGCAGCGAAUGACUCCCCCCAGAGGGAUGGUCUCUCUUGGGCCACAGAACUACGGUGGAGGGAUGAGACCACCUCUCAAUGCACUGGUUGGCCCUGGGAUGCCUGGCAUGAACAUGGGCCCUGGUGGGGGUAGACCUUGGCCAAAUCCUCCAAAUGCCAACUCGAUCCCAUACUCCUCUGCGUCUCCAGGGAGUUAUGUGGGUCCACCAGGAGGAGGGGGGCCACCUGGUACUCCAAUAAUGCCCAGCCCAGCAGACUCAACUAACUCUGGUGACAACAUGUACACCCUGAUCAACACAGUCCCUCCUGGUGGAAACAGACCAAAUUUCCCAAUGGGUCCAGGUGCAGACGGUCCAAUGGGAGGGAUGGCAGGAAUGGAGCCACAUCACAUGAACGGGUCGCUAGGGUCUGGAGACAUGGACAGCCUCCCCAAGAACUCACCUGGUAACCUGAGUCUGAGUAACCAGCCGGGGACCCCCAGAGAAGAUGGAGAGAUGGGUGGCAACUUCCUCAACCCCUUUCAGAACGAGAGCUAUUCUCCAAACAUGACCAUGAGUGUGUGAAGGCUUCGCCAGCUGGUCAGUUAGUGGUGUGGAUUGGUGGAACGCACAGAGACAGGAUGUGAUGUCAUCUAAGCUCCCCGGCUCUUCCUCUCUGUGAUAUAUCUACCAGGACAGUGGACCCAAACCUCAUUCUCCCCUUGGCCUCUUCUUCUUUUCUGUUUCCUCCCCAUUUUACAUUUGUGACCUGCUUUGUUCAUCAACACCUACCAUCAGAGACUGUAUAAAGAAACUGAAAUAAAACAUCUCUGAAUAUUUAUAAAUGUAUGUCACUGCACACUCUCAGUUGUGUUAAGUCUGUUAACACAGAAAUAUGUACCAUGCGCCACCAUCUUGUGGAAAAGAAACUGAAAACCCUCAAGUGUAAUGAAAUUCGAGAGGAUAGCGUUCUGGCCUGUCUCCCCACCUGCAGUUGUUAUGUCUUGAUUUGGAUGAAUUAUAUUGAGAUGUCAACUUCAUUCUCAUUGGAUACACAACAACCUGGGAUAAAGCCUAUGUGGGACUGGAACUGGGCAACAGCUUCAGUGAUUUGAGAUCUUGGUCCCACAGUGAACAUUCACCAAGAGCUCUUAUUUUAUUUUCAGCUCCAUACACUUGGAUUUGAUGUGCUAUGUUGACUGCAAAGAGAGAGAGACAAUGGUGAAUUAGAUAUGAGACAUAAAUGCAGAUAUCAUUCUUGUAUCUAUGUCUUGACCAGGAACAUAAACACCUACAAAACAGAUUAGGAUUACACAUCUGACAUGGAGAGAACAGAGAGAAUUCCAGUGGUUGGUUUUCUGCCUUUUAAAAAUGAUGCAACCUGUUAUGAUUGUUCAAUUAAUGCAAAACUGUAUAUUUUUUUAAAUACCUGCUUUGAGGAGAUAAGGGCAUGGAUAAAGCAACACUUCCUUCAAGUGAACAGCAGCAAAACCGGGGCUCUACUUGUUGGCAGCCCCCACCAGGUCCAGCACUCACCAAAAACACACCUGACCAUAGCAGGACAGAACAUCCCUCUCUCCCCCUUAAUUUACAAUCUGGGUGUAAAGCUUGAUUCCUCCCAGACCUUUGACAGCCAGAUCAAACAACUUUGUAAAGCCAAGCGUCAUUCUAUCACCUCAAGAACAUUGCCAAACUCUCACCCUCACUCAGACUAACGCAGAGAAACUCAUCCAUGCCUUUAUCUCCUCAAUGCUGGACUACUGCAACACACUUCAUCGGGAUCCCUGGCAGGAGUCACCUGAAGCUCCAAUAUACCCAGAACAACGCUGCCACGAUCCUGAUGAGAGUGCGGAAACGCCAUCCCAUCACCCCCAUCCUGGCAUCUCUGCACUGGCUCCCCAUCUCAUUCCGGUUUGAAUUCAAAUCCCUCCUGCUUAUCUUAAAUAACUGCUCUCCCUCCAUAACUCCAUCCGCAGGUCAAGCGAUAGCCUGCUCCUCCACGCCCCCAGGACCAAGCUCCGCUCCAUGUGGAUCAGGCUUUCAGCUUGACCGCCCCGAGCCUCUGGAAUGCUCUCCAUGACCACCUGAAGGCACCACAGACUCUGGGCUCCUUUAAAACGGGCCUGAAGACCUUUCUCUGUAGUAAGGCUUUCUGUUGAUAGCUGUGCUCCUUGGUGUCCUUGUCCCUUGUAGCGUUAUCUGGGUUAAUUGUGUCAGUUGCCCUGUCUUGUGUCAAUUUGUUUUUUUUUAUUUUAUGCAUUUUCAGAUUAUUCUGUAUAAUGAAAAGCGCUUUACAAAUAUCAAAAAAUAUUUUGAUUGAUGAAAAAAGGAAGACAAAAACUGCAGCGAUGGUUGACAAUGGUUGUAGAGGGUUUGUGUGAAGGUAUUCUUAAAGGUCCAAUGCAGUUGUUUUUAUCUCAAUAUCAAAUAAUUUCUGUGUAACAAUUAAGUACCUUACUUCAAUAUUUAACUAUUUAAAUGGUUAAAAAAGAAGAAUCUAGUUUGACUGCACUGGGCCUUUAAAAACACGGAGUUAAAUCAUUCUCUUAAUUUAUUAUUGUCAUCCGGACAAACUGUGAUCUUAAUAUAUUUUGGAGAGUUUGUGUGGAGGUGAAAUACAGUAGGUGUAUCUCGUAUUGUUUUAAACCUAAUCCUUAGUCCAUGUUAGAUUAUUACAAUAUUAUUUAGAGGUGGAUUUUACUACUCCCUCCCAUACGUAUACCUGUAAAGCUCACAAAUCUAUCUCCUCUAUGUUUUAUGUAUAUUAUCUUACAAAUGGACAGAAAGGGAGAGGGGGAUGGUGAACUAGAGGACACCAGUACAGAGCCUUCUGUUUUCAUGUUAGUUCAAAGUCACAAAUGUAAAUACUGAAAGAUGCAUUUGUAAAUUUGAAUGUUCUACAUUUUUUAUUCCACAUUUUGUUAAUGUUUGUUUCCAUUUGUAACGUGUUCAUUUCCUUUUUCUUUAAAAAAAUCUUGUGUUAUGUUUUGUAAAUACAUAGAAAUAGAAGUACUACAUGGGUUUUGAAUAUGCUGGUAUAAAGCUGAUCUUCUCUCAUUCAACAUGUUGAUUCCUUGUCUGUAUGUGUACUGUAUGUGUUUGUGUAGGCUAUGCCCACUGGGCACACCACAUAAUUUCAAUGUGGAAAUUUGGGUAAUAUUUGGUUGACAUUGAUCAGUGAGAUUUCAACAUUUAAUCACCCACUUAAAAAGAGAGAAGUUUGUUGAAUUCCCAAUGUGCUAUCACUUUGAUCUUUUAAUCAUCUAAAACACAACCAAAUAACAAUGGAAAAACAAUGUCAGAUGUGUGGUUUAGUUGUCAUCUAAAUGUGUUAUUACUGCACUUUCAAGCAUUUAAAAGCACAACAAAGUUAAAAUGGGAAUACUACACUGAACAAAAAUAUAAAUGCAACAUGUAAAGUUUUGGUCCCAUUUUUCAUGAGCUGAAAUAAAAUAUCAAAAUGCUUAUUUCUUUCAAA